AUGCCAGCCCAUAAUCCGCGGUUACCCGCCCACAUGACAGAUCUUUCAAUGCCCCCUCCUGCAGAUUUCGUCAUUCCAGUCGACACAGCUGGUCCGUCUGGCACCUCGAAUAACCAACAAUCAGAUAUCGCUGGAGUGUUGAAGAGAAAUCAAGCUUGUCUUCAGUGUAGAAAGAGGAAAUUGAAAUGCGAUGCUGUGCGCCCUCAUUGUGCGACAUGUGUCCGAUCAUAUCGUCAUUUAUUGCGUACUUCACCUAAAAGCAAUCCUGUUCUUUGUUGCGAUUACGAUGAUGGGACAGGAGCGCAUGCGGAUGAAGGUGAAAGAGUAUCAUCGAGUAAAUCACCAGGUCAAGGACCGGAAGAAGAGGAACCAGGCGCGAAGAAAAAGAGAAAGGCAAGUGGAGAUGGUAAACGGAAGAAGAAAGAUGAAGAGUUUGAGGAAGAGCGUGAUAGAUUGACCAAAAAGAUCGAGGAGUUACAGGCUCAAUUGACACAGAACAAUCAAGCUCAACCAGCAGCUCCACCAUCACCACAAUCUGGUAAUCAGUCUAAUCGAAUAUGGUCGGAUAUCUCUCAGUCACAGCAAGAUCCGAUGUUUGCAGCUUCUCCCACUGCCUUUCUCGAAAUGCUCUCCUCUGCGGCUUCCAAUCAAGCCACCAACACGGUCAAUGUAGACAUCAGUCAAGCUACUGGAUCGACCACUGAAGGCUUCAUGUGGGGUGGGAAUACAUUGGAUCAAUUAAUGCCAGAAGGUGGAUCUGCGUUCAAACCUUUAUUCAUGUUCGAUCCAAAUCAAGCAUCUGACCAGAACGUUAAUUUGUCACACGAUCUUUCUCCAGGAGUCCAAUCGCAAGAAUCAAGGAAGUCAAGCUUACCUAAUCCCACAUCUGGGGGAGAUUCAUCUUCCGGUGUAUCAAACAUUCUUUCUCCCGGAGGUGUGUUCAACUUUUCACCCGGCGAUACUAGUGGCUUCUCAGCAAAUUGGCCUAACCCUCCAGGUCCUUCAGGGACUCUGGAACCAUCUACCAAGGUGGACGGACCUUGGAGAGCUGUCGAAACCAUCGAGACGGUCUUCGCAGCCAGCAUGAAUGGCCAAACGAUGCAGGAUAGUACAGGGGAUACCAAUAUGGAAUCGGAAAUCAACAUGGAUGGUUUACAAGCUGGAUUGGAUGCAGCCGUGCAACAACAAUUACUCAUGGACUUGUUCUGGCCAGGAUGGCCUAUCAACCUUCCAGAACCAAACGUUGUCAACGACUUGAUCGAAGCGUUCUUUGAUCUAGUACCUAACUUACCUCGAGUGUUGCAUCGAGCAAGAUUUUUGUCAAGAAUGGCAUUACCUCCCACCCAUUCUAAUUUCCCUCAUCCAGCAUUAAUUCAUGCCGUGUGUGCAGCUGCUGCAGCUUGGUGUCCACCCGAAAUAUACGAAAAAUCAGUGAGAGGUAAAGGAUGGGAUUCAACAGACUCUACUUCGGGCAUGGGGAUGUAUGGAACUCAAGCACUUGGUUCAAAGCAACUAAAAGUGACCCUCAGCUUCGGCUUAAGACAAGCUAGUUUUGCCAAAGAUGCUGUUCAAGAAGGCUUGAACACUGGAAAUAGGUUGUUUGAUGUUGUCAGAGCAAUGAUCAUCCUAUGUAGAGUAUUUAUAGACGACACAAGAAUGUUGGAAUGCUGGGCAUACAGCGGUUUAGUUGCUCGUAUGCUCCUUCCCUUAGGUCUAAAUGUUCGUUCAGCGGAACUUUCCCUCAAAUCAGUGAUGCUACCACCCCCAGCGGAUACUCUAGAACGAGAGGAGAGAAGAGCGGCCGUUUGGAUGGCGUUCUACCACGAUACAAUUGCUAGUUCAGCGAGUGGAUGGGGAACAUCCAUGUCACUAGAUGAGCUUACCGUACCGUUGCCCGUCUCGCGAAAAACCUUCGACACAGGUCACGAGCGUAUGGAACCCAAUCCGCAAGAUUUGGAAUCUCCCGAUUUCUGGGUCAAGCAUCCUGUGGUAGAUUCAUUUGUACUGGUGAUCAAAGCUUCUGUACUCAUGAAUCGAGUUAAUAAAUUCGUACGACGGUGGAAAAAUCGACAUAUGAGGGAUGACGAUGACUUUGACGGAUUGAAUAAACCCGAAUUCAGGGAGAUUGCAAAUGCGAUCGCUUGUUUCCAAAUGAGUUUCCCGCCUGCUCUGAGAAAUGUUGGAAGAUUGACACCAAAGAGGAGAUUUGACAUUGAUUUGAUUGCCGCUCAUAUGUUGCCUCAUGCUGCUGCGAUCUGCCUCCAUGAGCCAUUUGCGGAUCUGAACGAUCCAAGUGAUCAGGCUGCUCGACGCAUGUUAGCUGCCACUCAAGCUAUCGUUUCUAUCGUCCAACAGCUCGCCAGUGUUCUCGGUGAAGGCGGUCAUCAUUUCACCUCGGUGAUGCAUUCUUCAGUUUCAGUAUGUCUCGUCACAUCUGCAAGGACUUCGCUGCUCUUCCUCCGACAAGCCUUGAACGUAGGCGACAUGCUUGCAGCCCAAACACAUAGAACAGACUGUGAAAUGAUUCGAAUGGCACUCAGUCAAUUCGGCGUCCGUUUUAAGAUCGGUCAUCACCAUUCGCAAUUGAUUGAGUAUUUCCUUGAUCGAGCGACCAAUCCCACAUACGAGAAGAUACAAGCUCACUAUCCUGACCAUCCACGACCUGGAGCACCUGAGCUUACUCCAACGUCCAAUUUUGGAUAUUGUAUCGCGAACGCACUAAAUAUCAAGAGAGGUUUCUGGAGAUUGAAGGGGCAAUUGACACCAGCGAGCGAUUCGCCGUUUGGUUCCACUCCUGAUAGUCGAGGGGCCCAAGCUAGUUCAAGUACUAGCGUUAGUAAUCAUCUAUCUGACGUAGAAUCACCCAAUCACCUCAAUGACGGAAAAAAGCAAUCGAGUUAUUCAGGUAACACCGGUACCCAUACUUCCUCCAGAAGAAAUACUUCGGGAGACCCUAUGAAUUGUCUUCCGACAAGUUCGACGAAUCUGCCUGAAUAUGAUUUUGCGGGUAUCGCAUUUCCAAAAGGGUCCAUCCCAAGGCAACAGUCUAACAACGCCUCUGGCAGUGGAGGAGGAACCGUAAAUGAAUACAUGGAAGUCUCUAGUCCAGCGAUUGGCACCUCAUCGAUUACGCCCGUAUCACAGGAGAUGGCAGAUCAGAUAACGGCAGCGAGAUCAAUCAGACCUGAUGGUCAUAUUGGAGUAUGGUUGAAUACUACCGAAGCAGAUUUGUUAGCUGAAGUGUCUAAAAACCAAAGUCAAAAUCCGAAAAAUAACUCCGGUACGGGCAUAGGUUUGACAUCAAAUUUCAACAAUAAUGGGUUCAAAGCACCUGAUAUAUCAAAUGCAUCGAAAGAAGUUUGGGACAAGAUAAGUAAGAGAGAUACAGUUGGAUCAGACGGUCAAUUACCUGGAUGGAUCAAUACUACAGAAGCUGAAUUAAUCGCUGAAAGAUCUUCUCCUUCAAAUAAUGGGAUCAAUCCGCCUGAUCCGAACAAGGCAGCAGAUCAAAAUCAGAAUUCGGGUUGGGAUAAAAUUAGUAGAAGGGAUAUGGUCGGAGCAGAUGGUCAUUUUCCUGCAUGGAUGAAUACCACUGAAUCUGAACUAGCGGCUGAAAAAUCGACAGACGCAAAUACAGAUAAAGACAAAAAUUCAAAUUCAAAUACAAAUACAGGUAUGACAUUCGGAAAUCCACCAGGUUCAACCGAUGAAUUGGAAAAGAGACUAUCAGGUUUCUGGAAACCUGAUUCAAAUGCUACUAUUCCAUUUUGGUCUACUUCUACCGAAGAUCAAUUGAUGGAUAUCAACCGCAAUCAAUCAUGA